UCUCAUCUCCCUCCUAAAUUAAAACCAUCUCUCUCUCUCUCUCUCUCUCUCUCUCUCUCAGCUUUGUAGUAUUAAAAACCCAAGAAGACACACUAACAAGUAACAACAGCACAAGCUAGCAAAGCAGAUAAAAAAGAAGCAAAGCAAAAGAAAGGCUGCUCUGCUCUCCACACUUAUAAGGAGGAAGAGGGAAGAGAGGCUGAGCAGCUGCUAGCUUAGCUCUAGGCACCAUCAUUUUAAGGAUCAAUUAAUUAAGCUUAGCUAGCUAGCUGCUUAAUUAAAGAAACGAUGGAGCAGGAGCUCUUGUCCUGGCUCAAGUUUGUUUGUAUAUCUCUGAUGGUGCUGGUUUUUUCUCUAAGGAUGGCAGUGCUGCUUUGGUGGAGGCCCAGAAAAAUUGAGGAACAUUUUGGGAAGCAAGGGAUCAGAGGACCCCCUUACCGUUUCUUCAUUGGAAAUGUUAAGGAACUUGUGGGGAUGAUGAUCAAGGCAUCUUCUCAAACCAUGCCUUCCACCUCUCACAAUAUCCUCCCCAGAGUUCUUCCUUUUUACCAUCACUGGAAGAAAAUCUAUGGUGCAACAUUUCUUGUGUGGUUUGGACCUACAGUUCGACUCACUGUUUCUGAUCCUGAUCUCAUCCGUGAAAUAUUUGCUUCAAAGUCAGAAUUCUAUGAGAAAAAUGAGGCUCACCCACUUGUUAAACAGCUCGAGGGCGAUGGCCUCCUAAGCCUCAAAGGUGAAAAAUGGGCUCACCAUAGAAAAAUCAUUACCCCUACCUUCCAUAUGGAGAAUGUCAAGUUGUUGAUACCGGUGAUGGCCACAAGUAUAGUAGAUAUGAUGGACAAAUGGUCAGCAAUGUCCAGCUCUGGUGAGGUGGAGAUUGAAGUUUCUGAGUGCUUCCAAAACCUAACAGAAGAUAUAAUUACCAGAACAGCCUUUGGAAGCAGCUAUGAAGAUGGCAAAGCCAUUUUCAGGCUUCAAGCUCAACAAAUGGUGCUUGUUGCCGAGGCUUUUCAAAAAGUUUUCAUCCCUGGUUAUAGAUUUUUGCCCACAAAAAGAAACAUAAAUUCUUGGAAAUUGGACAAGGAAAUCAGGAAAUCCCUGAUAAAGCUAAUCGACCGGAGGAGAGAGAAUUCAAACUCGGCCAACAGCAACAACAAUGUGCAUGAAAAAUGUCCCAAGGAUUUACUCGGCCUUAUGAUUCAAGCCUCAAAUUCUUCCCCCUCCUCCAAUAUCACUGUCAACGACAUAGUUGAAGAGUGCAAGAGCUUUUUCUUUGCUGGCAAACAGACCACGUCCAAUUUGCUGACAUGGACAACGGUUCUCCUAGCAAUGCACCCACAGUGGCAGCUACAGGCACGUGCCGAGGUGCAGAAGAUGUGUGGAGCACGUGACAUACCAACCAAGGACGAUGUUGUGAAGCUUAAGACACUGAAUAUGAUCCUAAAUGAAUCACUACGGUUGUACCCGCCUACGAUCGCGACAAUCCGACGGUCAAGAACGGAUGUGGAGCUUGGGGGUUACAAGGUCCCACGUGGGACCGAGCUUUUGAUUCCAAUCUUGGCUGUUCAUCAUGAUCAGAGCAUAUGGGGGAAUGACGCGAAGGAGUUCAAUCCGGCCAGAUUCGCCGAGGGCGUGGCCCGAGCCGCCAAGCAUCCGGUGGCUUUCAUUCCAUUUGGGCUCGGGGUCCGCACAUGCAUUGGGCAAAAUCUAGCGUUGUUGCAGGCAAAAUUAGCUCUGGCCAUCAUACUUCAACGCUUCUCUUUCAGGCUGGCCCCCACCUAUCAACACGCACCAACGGUCCUGAUGCUACUUUACCCUCAAUACGGUGCGCCCAUCAUUUUUCAACGUCUGCCCCAACAUGAUCAGGAUCAAGAUCAAGGGUCCUGAUCUAUUACUACCAUUAUGCAUACCAUUGGUUUGCGUGUGAGUGUGCGUAUGAUUCGAAGUGAAUUGACCGAAAUACCCAUUUGGCAGAUUUCCUUAAUUUGUUUCAUCUGUUUUGCCUGUUUCGUUUUCCUAAUGCUGGGUUUACUUAUGAGAUAAAUAUCUUAAGAGAAAGAUGUUGAACUCAGUUAACCUCGAGUUACUGAACCCCAUCACCCAUGAUGACCAUGAUCAUGGUUUUUUUUUUUUUUUUACCAAACAAAAAUAUUAACCCUGGCAUGGCAUGACAGGUAAGUUUUUGUUUUAUGAAUCUUAGGAAUUAGUGAAUUGCUAACAAUUAAGUAGGUAGCUUGCUCUGUCUCUCCUGUUUGUAUGUAAUGUAUAUUCUCUGUUUCUACAAAGUUCUGAAAUAUCAUCAUCCUUAAUUGGUUGUCUCUCAACUCAA